AUGUUGCUGCCGCUGGUGUCCCUCCUGCUCUGCCCUGCUCUCUUCGCCUUCCUCUCUGCCUUCCGGUCCAAGCUCCUCCAGGCCCUGAAGCUCUCCCCCUCCUUUUCCCCGCUCCGGAGGCUCCCCCUCCCGCCGGGCUCAAUGGGCUGGCCCUACAUCGGCGAGACCUUCCAGAUAUACUCCAAGAACCCCAUCGCCUUCUUCUCCCAUAAACAGAAGAGGUCAGUCUCUCUCUCUCUCUCUCGCUGUGGCCCUUCUGCUGGGGCCGGCCGCCGCAUUGCCGACCUAAAGUUUAUGACUCCCUCGUCUCAUUCUUCUCGCCAUCUAUGUCGGCAGGUACGGGCCGGUGUUCAAGACGCACAUGCUGGGAUGCCCCUGCGUGAUGAUUUCCAGUCCGGAGGGGGCCAAGUUCGUCUUGUCCACGCAGGCCAAGCUCUUCAAGCCCACCUUCCCCGCCAGCAAAGAGCGGAUGAUCGGGCACCAGGCCAUCUUCUUCCAGCAGGGCCCCUACCACAACCUUCUCCGCCGCCUCGUCCUCCGGGCCUUCUCCGCCGAAGCCAUCCGGCACAAGGUGGCCGGCGUGGAAGCCACCGCUGUGGAGGCCCUCCGCUCCUGGGAUGGCCGCCUCAUCAACGCCUACCAAGAGAUGAAAUCCGUGAGUCCUGACACCCUGUUCUCUCUCUCUCUCUCUCUCUAGCUCCUGGUUUGGUGCUUGUAAUUCAUCUCCUCCCUCCCGUCUGUCGCAGUACGCCUUCAACGUGGCGCUGGUCUCCAUAUUCGGGAGGGAAGACAUAUUCUGCACGGAGGAGCUGAAGCAGAGCUACUACGCGCUGGAGAGAGGCUAUAACUCCAUGCCCAUCAACCUCCCCGGCACCCUCUUCCACGACGCCAUGCGAAGCCGGCGACGGCUGGAGCGCAUGCUCUCGGAGAUCAUCGCCUCCAGACGGCAGCGCGGCGCGGAGGCGACCGACCUCCUGGGUUCCCUCAUGGACAACGAAAAGUCCCUCAGCGACGAGCAGAUCUCCGAUAACAUCAUCGGCGUCAUCUUCGCCGCCCGCGACACCACCGCCAGCGUGAUCACCUGGCUCCUCAAGUACCUCGCCGAGGAUCCCAAACUUCUCGAAGCCGUCACUGUAAGUAAAACCCAGAGAAACAUUCUCUCUCUCUCUCGAUCGAGACGAAAGAGGACUGAGGAAUCCUUCAUUACAGGAGGAGCAAGAGGAGAUCAGGAGGAGCAAGAGAGAAGGGGAGGACGAGUGCCUGACGUGGGACGACAUCAGGAAGAUGCAGCUCACCUCCAGGGUCUUCCAAGAGACCCUACGGGCGGCGUCAAUCCUCUCUUUCACCUUCAGAGAGGCUGUGGAGGAUGUUGAGUACGAAGGUAUGCUGGAAUAGCUAUCUUCACAGAUUUCUCUCUCUCUCUCCCUGUCUCUCUCUGUAUCCAUGUACCUUCCCAGGCUCUGUUUUGCCGCCAUGUUUUUAUGACAAGUCUCUCUGUUUUGUCUCUGUUCUGGUUUCCAGGCUACCGCAUACCGAAGGGGUGGAAGGUGAUGCCUCUGUUCCGGAACAUCCACCACAGCCCGGACUUCUUCCCUAACCCCCAGAAGUUCGACCCCUCCAGAUUCGAGGUGAAUGCUCCCUUCCUCUCUCUCUCUCUGCGCCCUGAUGACAGAUGAUACGGCAGCAGCAGUAGUAGUAUCAGUAUCUCUCCGGAAAUCUGACAGAGCCUCUCUGUGUGUUUUCAGGUGACCCCUAAGCCGAACACCUUCAUGCCGUUUGGAAACGGGGUCCAUUCCUGCCCAGGGAAUGAGCUCGCCAAGCUGGAAGUCCUGGUUCUCUUCCACCACCUCACCACCAAGUACAGGUAAACACCCAAGUCCUUCCCCAACACGGUCCUCUGCUUCUUCCUCUUCCGAGGGUUGACGCGAGUCCGCGGUUGCUCCAGGUGGUCGCUGACGGAGUCGAAGAGCGGUGUCCAGUUCUCCCCCUUCGCCAUCCCCAUGAACGGGCUGCCCAUCAGACUCUCUCUCAAGGCGUGA